GGUAAUCCAGUGGGAGGGGUAAUCCACGGGGUGUUUCUGACUCAUAGGGGGGCCGACCUCUGCCCCCUGUCCCCCCGCAGCCAUGGAUAUCGGCGGCUUGGAGACAGUGGUGGCCAACUCGGCCUACGUGUCGGCGCGCGGCGGAGGGCCGGGGGGUUCAGCCCGGGACCGGAAGCAGCGAGCCCGCCUGCGCCUGCCCCACAUCUCCCAGUGCGAAGCCCUGCGCGCCCGCCUGGCCGGCACCGGGCUGCAGAACGGCGUCGCGCAGCAAGAUGGCGGCCCCAAGCAAGAUGGCGGCGGGGAGGAAGAGGCGUCCUUCCGGUGGCAGUGCGUGGAGCAACCAAUCGGGAAACGGCUUUUCCGGCAGUUCCUGCAAGCCACGCCGGGAUUGGCUGCCGCCGGGGCGCUGUGGGAGGAGCUUGAGGCCUUCGAGUGCUGCGAGGAAGGAGAGAGGAGCGCGGCCGCCGCCAACAUCCGGAAGCGGUUCUUUACUGAGGGAGGGGCCGAGCACUGCGGCUUCCUGAGCGCCGCCGCCACAGCGCCAUCGUCGGGUGAGUCCUCCAGCAGCAGGCAGGGGUCCUCCAGGGGCGGCCAUGAGUCCUCCAAGGGUGACCAUGGCUCCUCUGAGAAUAGCCACGAGACCGCCAAGGUGGCCAUGGGUCCUCCAAAAGUGGCCAUGAGUCCUCCAAGGGUAGCCAUGAGUCCUCCAAGGGUAGCCAUGAGUCCUCCAAGGGUAGCCAUGAGUCCUCCAAGGGUAGCCAUGAGUCCUCCAAGUGUAGCCAUGAGUCCUCCAAGGGUAGCCAUGAGUCCUCCAAAGGUAGCCAUGAGUCAUCCAAAGAUGCUGUAAGUCCUCCAAGUGUAGCCAUGAGUCCUCCAAGGGUAGCCAUAAGUCCUCCAAGGGUAGCCAUGAGUCAUCCAAAGAUGCUGUAAGUCCUCCAAGGGUAGC